AUGCUGUACGGCGUUAUACGACUCGACGACGACCCAAUUAAACGAUCUCCCAAACGCGCUAUAUCGAUUCGACUACGUCUCUUCAAAACCCUGUGUGCCCCCAAGUAUGCGCACAUUGUCACCGAGCUUUAUAUCAAGCUCCCUCCGUGUACUUUGCCUUCGGCUGUCGCCUCGAAUAGUCCACUAGGUCGAGUGUUUGAUCCUUGUCCAAACUUGGAUGACAAGCUUGGACUUGCACUGAUGACGCUGGACCGACUCGAGGUGCUCAAGUUGUAUUGCACCGGGUGUGCCUCGCCAGAGCCCAUGCGACACACGUACCUCCAUUUUCUCCCAACUCGCUCCUUGCGCGUCUUUAGGCUGCAAUGUGCAUGCAACCCAUACGUAGGACACCCAGACAAUGUAAUCGAGCUGUUCAAUCAACCGUUUAUGCGGUCGGUCGAAGAGCUCGAGUGGUGCCUUGGUGAAUAUGGGUGGCGAUAUCCUCCGAAUUGGGCGACAUUGCCCAAGCUGCGCAAGCUGGUCUAUGGACAAGAGGAGUAUAUGAAGGAGUUGUUGGCGUCCAGUCCCAUCACGUACCUCGAAUGCGAUGCAUUCGUCAUGAAGAAUGUGCACGUAAAGUUAUGUCAGGGACCCAAGACGCUCACAUGCCUUCGAACCCAUCCAUACAUUCACAAUAUCCUUACCCCCGAAUAUUUGCGCUCGUCUUCGCUCUCUGCAGAUUGGAUGACUUUAUGCAUCAAGAUGGACAUUUCCCCCUAUCUGAACCUCAGGAGACUUGGUUAUCUGUGCUUUGGACUCCGAGAGGCUCCAGAAAUCGCGCUGAAUUUGACCGAGAUACGUCUUCUUCCUUACUUGGAAUGCAUCGAAGUCGUCAAUCUCUAUGGGCACCUGUCGCCACCAAACAACGACCCAUGGGGCCCCGAGCUGCUUUCGUCUCUGGGAUUUCCGUCCCUUACUAGCAAGAGACACUCGUCUGGGAGCUUGAUGGUCUGGGGUGGAAGAGUCGUCGACGUCGCUGACGAUUCGAGAUUGGUCGAGAGUAUCUUUGAACUUGAACUCGAACUCUACGCUAUGCUCGCCGCGGUUCGCUCGCCCUGCCGUCGCGCAGCGUCAAAGGCAGCUCUCCGUACACGGUCAUUUGCGACGUCUGUCAAUGCUGCCGGUCUCAGAGUCGCCGCAUUCGACAAUGGCCAGCCCUCGGCCUCUGUGACUUUUCUCGUCAAAGCGGGCACCAGACACGAGUCCAAGGCCGGUGUCGCCCAUUUUCUGAAAAACUUUGCAUUCAAGAACACGGCCAACCGCUCGGCGCUGCGGAUUGCACGAGAAACGGAACUCUACGGUGGAAUCUUGUCUUCUUCGCUCGGUCGUGAGCACCUCGCGCUCACUGCAGAGUUUCUCAAGGGCGACGAGGCCUACUUUGUCGAUCUCCUGUCAGAAGUCGUGACCUCGACUCGUUUCAGUCGUCAUGAAUUUAUGGAGAGCGUCCUCCCCAGCGUGCAGGCAGAGUCGUCUGAAGCCUCUCACAACCCGGUCCUCACCGCCCUCGACGUUGCACACAGUCUCGCGUUCCGAAAGGGACUCGGUUCCUCUCUCGUUGCCUCUCCGGCUGGCCCAGUCAUCACCGAAGAGGAUGUAAAGGCGUAUGCACAUUCGACCUUUACCAAAUCGGGUCUCUCGGUAUUCGGAACCGGAAUCGACUCUGCGACACUGGCCAAGCUUGUAGAGAAGAGUCUGUCUUCGUUGGCAUCGUCUGGGAGCUCCGCGAGCGCUUCCGCUACGAAAUAUUUCGGUGGCGAGAGCAGAGUACUCCUCGAGUCGCAUGGCCCGCAAACCAUCUUUAUUGGCUAUGGUUCUGCUUCCGCCGUCACUCCCGAGCUUCAGGUGCUUGCUGCUCAUCUCACCAAUACGCCCUCUAUCAAGUGGUCAGAGGGAGCCGUCUCCACCUUUUCUAACAUGCCUCAUGGCGCAUCCGUGCAAACGGUUCUUCUCCCUUACUCUGAUGCUACGCUCUUUGGAUUCCUCAUCCAAGCACCGACGUCGGAGACGGUUCACCAGGCCGGCAAGUCGGUCGUCGCGGCCCUCAAGGACGUAUCUGGAUCGUUCAAGGGUGAUGCAUUGAAGCGUGCUAUUGCCAAGGCCAAGAUGAGCUCUGCGGCUGCCCUCGAGACCCGGCAGGGCUUGCUUGAUGCCAUUUCGCUCGAUUCCAACACGACAUUAGAGUCGGCAUUUACUGGAAUUGAAAAGGUCUCGGCUCAGACUGCUGGCUCGGCGGCUUCCUCUCUAACAAAAUCCAAGCCCGUAUAUGUCGCUGUCGGAGAUGUCUAUGAAGUCGAGGAAGAGUAA